CUUAUUGCUCAGUUUCAGUUGUGAUGGGGGAUUGUUUUUCAGAGUAAGGUUUGAUGUUAGUCUAUUAAUAUGGCAUCAGUGCACUUGCCCAGAAUGUGCUGUUAUUUGGCCGACACUGGCACUAAUUUAGUCCUGGGUUUCAAACCAACACUCUGUCAUUCAACAUGUGUCUGCAGUGCAGUAAUGGGACUGGGUGUCUUGGCGUUCUGUUAUUACCGCAGUUAUGGCAAGAAGGAGCAACAAUGUGUGAGCAUGGGCAGGAUAUUGAAUGUGGCCACUUUCCUGGGAACAUCAGGUUUAUUGCUGCGCUCUCUCAUUUGGCUGUGUGCUCCAGAUUUUUUAUCCAGUCAGGAGUCUUGGUUCCCUCGAGCUGUUUGUGUGCUGAUUUCAACGUGGAUCCUUUACUUCUAUUCUGUAUUGUUCUGGGCAUUUUUCUGCUUCUCUCUGGAGGUAGCUCAGCUCUUCAGCCCAAAUCCAGAGAGGUUCAGAAAAUUGUAUGCUUUUGUAUGCUGGGGGGCCCCAAGUCUCCUGUGGCUUCAUGGGUUACUGAUUCUUGUGCUUCCUAAUACACCUGAAGACAGCUGUGACUCUAAACAAGGCCUUGUGCUGUUCCAUGAUAUUCUUGUGUAUGUCCCCUUCAUGCUUGCAUUGCUGGGAAGUCCAUUGAUUCUAAGACAUGCCAUCACUAAAGUGCCAGUUGUGCUGAGGAUGAGGUGUGGCAUAUACACCAGCAGUGAGCGUUUCAGGGAGCACAAUUUAUGUAGAAGGUUUUUUCAGAUCUGCAGUGCCUUCAUAACCUGCUGGGUUUGCAACAUUUUUUGUGAUUUUCUGCUGCUUCUAGUAGAGACUUAUGGGGACACAGAGCCUCCCCAACAGAUGCAGAUGGCAGCUUUGACAACAUGGGUGAUUAUGGGUAUAAUGAACCCCAUGUAUUGCUGCCUUCAUUCUUUGGUUUUUCUUGAUUGGAGAAGCAGUGGUGGAGGAACUCUCAGUCACAUCAGCGCCUGGGACAGUGGCUCAAAUGAGGAUUAUUCAGGGUCUAUAGAGGAGAAGAGGCACUUGCUGACUACAAAGCAAGCUCAGGCCACAGUGAAGAUGACUUUGCCAAACAUAUUAAAACUUAUGGAUUCAUGGGCAUCUGCCAGUGAGUGUGUGUGAAAUUCUAGGAUGCACUUGGGUAAUGUAACCCUUAUCUUUUACUGGUCUCAUGCUCCUAGCAUACUCCAUACUAAGUGCUAAUUGGUUGUUAUAAAUUACUGGACUAGUGCAGACUUUGCCCAUGCUGCAACACAGCCCCUUCUGAAAUAUUAUUUUACAGGCUGUCAGUGAAGGGAAUAACUAUUUCUGCCUGUUAUCUAUUUUACUGAUCUCUCAAAAACUCUGUUUCCAGAAUUCUGUUCCUCUGCCCCAAAUAUGGUUUCCAAGUCUCUCUAUAAUAGGCAGAUCUGAAUUACUGACUAAUAUUAAAAGCACAGUGUAAACCAUUUA